UUUACGCCUUCAGCAACGUAGGAGACUUUCCUUUCUUAUGCAAAUAACUUGGCAAAGAAGCUUAGUAUUGAUCUAGUUGUCUUAUCAACGCAAAGGCAAUCGCAGCGAUGCAUAUAGUCGUCAUAAGAAUGCCCUAUUCAGUCCCUCCGUGUGACAAAAACCGUCUAACCAAUAACCGCGAAGCUAAUCGGACGAUUCGGCAAACAUCGCAAUCGGACAUCAUGGGCAACGCGAAGAGUAAACGCAAUCGUAAAGAGAAGACGACGGCAAAGCCCGAGGAAUCAGAGGAGUUGACACAACAACAAAUAGAGGCAGUACAGCUGACGUGGAAGGCCGUGAAGCAAGAUCUACAGGGCCAUGGUAUCAAAUUCUUCGUCAGAAUAUUCGACAUUGCACCUGGCGCCCAACAGAUCUUCGCCAAAUUUCGCGAUUUGCCGAAAGAUGAGCUGCCUAGCAAUCCCGACGUGCAGAAGCAUGCUCUCAAUGUUAUGGAAACUGUUGGCAGUGCAGUCGACGGUCUCGACGACCUCGAAGCUCUCACUCCCGUGCUCCUAGAUCUCGGAGCCAAACACGUACAGUGGGACGUUCAAGAGGAGCAUUUUGAUAUUGUCGGUCAGGCGUUGUUGGAGACCCUCGCUGAAGGAUUGGGAGAAGCGUUUACUCCGACCGUCAAGCAGGCCUGGACGACUGUGUACAACUGCGUUGCUCACGGCAUGAAGCAAGGAAUGAGGAACGAGCGCGAACAAUGACAUUGCACAGCAGACGUCUCCUAGAUAGUACCAGAAAAUUCAACUCAUCAAAAUUAUUCGCAUAAGAGAGAUCAGUAAGCAUAGUGAGCUAUGAAAACUAAAUGUACUACACGUACAUGUGUUUGAGUAAGGGACUUGUUCUGUAGUGUUGUUUAUUGUAAUGACUAGAUUUCUAAUGCCUUACAGUACGUUUUGAAGUUGCACUAGUAGUACACAAGUACUAGCGGCAAAUUUCUAAUACAUCAAGAGUCUUA